AAUGAAAAAGAGAAUUGUCUAUUUUGAUUGCAUGGUGGCUUUAACACUACCAAAAAAACAAACAAACAAUAACCCAUUAACCUAUAGUGGUCAUUAUGUGAACUGUUUAUGACUAAUAAUAACACAUUGCAAUUUGGAUGUUUUUAAGUAAUGUUGGUUUUUUUCUACAGACUUUUUUGUGUGUGGUGAUUAUAAAGGGAACAUGUGGUUCAAUCAGCCUCCUAAUCUGUCCACCUGGACUCAAAGAAGACCGGCACACACAGACAAAGUGAGUGUACUGCAGCUUACAGAGAGCCUCAUCAUCUCAGCGUCUCAUGACAGAACCGUCAAACUGUGGGACAGACGAACUAAGAAACAGGUGGGCAUGUUUGUGUGUGGAGGCCCUGUCAAGGUUCUGGAGGUGAACCCAUGUAACCCCAAGGAAUUUGUUUGCGGUGAUACGCAGGGUCAACUGUACUUCCUGACUUGGAAAAGUUGAUUUCCUGAACAUCAGUCAAAGGACACAGUCACUUGUUGCAUGUCAUUAUUUGUACAUUCGUAAUCUUGAAUCUUUUUUCCAUCGGUUGUAAUGUUGCAUUCUGUACAUUUUCAUUUUAUUUUACAUGCAUGAAGCAUUUUGCACUAAUGAUAAUAUUGCCUUAAACUAAGCCAUAUGAAGAAUAUUUGUGUUGAUUUUAUUAUAUACAUUUUACUGCCACUUGAUUACAUUAAGUCAAUUGAUUUUUUUUGAAGGGUUGUACAUGUAAAAAGCUAUUCUGGGUGAAUAAACAGUCUGCAGGUUCACAUGGGGAACAGCAGAUGUCCACUGAAUGUGCUGUGAUGGUGUUCUCCAUUGUCGAAAAUCCAUUGUCCAGGA